AUGGGAAGUGCUUUGCUGCGGGAGGAGGGCCAGAAGCGCGAUGCUCUGCCACCUCUCCUCCAGGAAACGUUUUACGUGAAUGAUCCAAUCCACGGUUUGAUCUGCUUGCCUGGGGUCGUGAAGCUUUUCGUGGACUCCAUGGAGUUUCAGCGCAUGCGCUUCAUUAAGCAGCUGGGAAUCUGUGAAUGGGUCUUUCCAGGCGCAACGCACAACAGGUUCUUUCACUCCAUUGGCACAGCCUACCUUUCCUGGGAGAUGAUCCGCGGGCUUCAGAGCCGCCAGCCGGAGUUGCAGAUCACGAACCGCGACCUCACCUGCGUCACUUUGGCAGGCCUUUGCCACGAUCUCGCGUGCCACUAG